GAUUGCCUGAGCAAUCAUGGCCAAGUCACUUAAGCUCUGCAUCAAUUCUUCCUAUGUAAAAUGACGUAAAUUCAUCCUUUCUUCCACCCUUUGUUUGUUCUGUCUAUUUGGAUUCUAGGCUGCUCAGGUCAGCGACUGUCUGAAAUGAAGAUGUGAAAUGUAUAGCAUGCUGGGCUGCUGAUAUCCCCUGAGGGCUCUGAGCACAUCCAUAAUGAAAUUAUGUAUUAGGGAGGUUUAAUAAAUGUGGUCUCUCCAGUUGAAUAUAGGGAGGUACAUGAAAUCAUAAAAUGGAUUUCUCUAAAGAGGCAAAAUCACAUUGAGUUCUGUUUGUAUGUCAAAAGCUGUACAACACCUUUCCCACCCUAAUGAAGCGGAUCCCAGGACCCCAUCACACCAUUUUCAAAAACUGGGAGAAACUGAAGUGUUUUGUGAGGGAAAUUAUUGCAAAGCACAAAGAGGAGUGGAAUCCCUCAGAAACCAGAGACUUCAUUGACUCUUAUCUGAAGGAAAUGGCAAAGGUGGAUGCUGACCCUAGUUUCCAUGAAGAAAAUCUCUUAUUUUCCACACUAGAUCUUUUUUUUGCUGGAACUGAAACAACAUCUACAACCAUCCGCUGGGCUCUGCUGUACAUGGCCACAAAUCCAGAGAUUCAAAAGAGAGUGCAAGUAGAGAUUGACACAGUGAUUGGCCAGUCUCGACAGCCCGCCCUAGGGGACAGGGACAACAUGCCGUACACCAAUGCAGUUAUUCACGAAGUGCAAAGGAUAAGCAACAUCGUGCCUUUAAAUGUGCCGAGAAUGGCAACAAGGGACAAAACACUGGCUGGAUACCAACUGCCAAAAGGUACUGUUUUAGUUCCCAAUUUGACAUCAGUGCUGUUUGACAAGAAUGAGUGGGAAACCCCUCACACUUUUAAUCCUAAGCAUUUUCUGGAGGAUGGUCGAUUCAAGAAGAGAGAAACUUUCCUCCCAUUUUCUGCAGGAAAGCGGGGUUGCCUUGGCGAGCAGCUGGCUAGAACAGAGCUGUUCCUGUUCUUCACCAUCCUCCUUCAGAAAUUCACAUUCCAAGCUCCAAAGGGCGUAAAGCUAAGCCUUGAGUUCAGAAUGGGAGCUACUCUCUCCCCGAAGCCAUACCAGAUCUGCGCGCUGUCUCGGUAGGGAGAGCCAGAGCAAUUUUGUCACUGGCCCAUUUCUCAAAAUAAUUAGUAUUUACCGUGUUUGUGUAUAGGGCUGCAUCUACAGUAUCAGCCAAUGGACCAUUUGGGACCCUGAUAUUGGAAGGGACUAUAGCAGUUAUGAUACAUCCUACCAUGCUGGCAGUUAGUUUUGAUGUCCCUACCAAAGCAGCCUGUGUAUGCAAACUCAGAACAGCCUAUUCAUUCCUACUGCCCUGUGAAACUGCAGACCUGGGUUUUAAAAAAGGUAAAUGUAUUUCAUGAAUGCCUUCAAAAGGAACAUGUUUCAUUUGCAGUUUUUCAUGACACAACAGCUUUGUUCAAUAAAUUUUGCUUCUGAGGAAACAACAAA